AUGACUGAUCAAUCACCAUCUCACCAACAAAAUGUUGUCGAUGAUUAUCCACCUCCACCUCCACCUCCACCACCUUCAAAUCCUUUACCAUCUUCUUCAUCUGUAGGUCGUGAUCGCUCUUUAUCUCCUCGACAUCGUUCUUCUAGUAGAAGUAGAUAUUAUGACGAUAGACGUCAUUAUCGUGAUGAUGAUCGUCGUUAUAGUAGUCGGGACCAUCAUAGAGAUAGAUAUGAUUCCUAUCCUCGUCGUGACCAUUAUUAUGACCGUUAUGAUAGAGACCGUUAUGGUAGCAGUCGAUAUGAUAGGGACCGUUAUAGAGAUCGUUAUGAUGAUAGAAGAGGAAGUCGUUAUCCUCCUAGAACAAGACAAAGAAGACCAGUUUAUAGGGGAUCUGAACAAGAUAGAAAGACGACAACUACUAUUUAUGCUGGAAAUUUGCCUUAUGACUUUAUUGAAAGAGAUGUGGCCAAUAUGUUUGAACGUUAUGGUCGUUUGAAAUCAGUUACUGUACCAAUGGAUACUGUCACUAAUAAGAACAAAGGUUUUGCUUUUAUUGAAUUUGAAGAUAGACGUGAUGCUGAAGAAGCUUAUGAUAAGUUUGAUGGUUUUAGUGUUGAAGGACGUCGUUUAAGACUUGACUGGUAA